CGCCAACACCCAGACCACAUCCACCAGGACAGAAAGAGGGGCUAACAGGGUGGAGACGCUGAGCGAGACAUUCAUCCUCUGGUAUUCACUCUUUCAUUCUUCAGUCGCUCUGCUUUGACCCCACAGGUGAUCGGAGCAGGUGGACUCACCUGUGGCUUCAUGUGUGAUUCUGAAACAUCUCAACAGACAAGACGACAGAAAGUGUUCAUGACCUCAUUUAGGAGGAGGUGUGUGCGUUUUCCCAGAAAGAGGGUGAUGGCGAGGUGGGCGUGGCCUCUGAUCUGUGAGAACAAACCUGUAAAGUCUUGGAGAAACCUGGAACGGAUGCUGUGUUCCUGCUCAGCUGUUUGACUUCUUCAGCUCCGGAUCUGCUGCUUCUCUGAACGACACCUGUGAUGUUUGUUAGUAACGCUGAUCUUUGGACCGCCGGCUGUGAAGCCGUCUCUUUGGGCUCUGAGUAACCGUGACAGCAGAAUCUUUUCCUCCAUCAAUGGAGGAAAUAAUCAGCAGAUGGAUCCAGACUGAAAAGAAUCAUCAUCAACUGUCUGACACUGAACAGUUCAGAAGGAGCUGCAGCUUCAACAUUCUCCUUUCAGAACUUUUUAAAGUACAUUUUCAUGAUUGUACUAACGUCCGUGUUUCCCGCUCCGUCCCCACGCCUCCCCUCUGCAGCCACGUACCUGAAAAUGAGACGUCAGAAAGGUCACCUUAUAUCUGCCUGCGUGAAAAGUUGUACCGUGCUCGCUUCUGCUGGACAGUGUACGCUGAUCGGACCACGCUGGCUGGCCUGGACUUCAACCCCCGUGUCCACAGUCCAGCCAGGAGAAAAGCUGAUGACACAGUUCAGUGUGUUUUUAUUAGUCCUGUGCAUUUUACUCAGUACAUUUAUAAGUGAUGAGUCAAAUAUUAAAGUACGAGGAAUACAGAUAGCUGGUGCUGAUUUAUUGUGUUACAAACUGUGUUAUCAGGUACAGCAAGGUGUACAACAGAAAGUCCAGGAAGUGGAGCUUGUACUCAUUGAAGGUGGUGAAAGACUGCAGUUGUGUUGUGGUGGCAGCCCGGCUGACGGUCCGCUCACCUCCAUCUCCCGUCUGGUCAGCUGGGUUUGCCUACCUGCCUUCUCCCCCCCACGGACCUUCUCCACGGCGUUCCCCCGGCUCCCCCCUCGCUCCUCGCCAGUCUGCCUGCCACCACACUCCUUCCCUCCCCGGUCUCCUUUUUCCCUCGACACUCCCGCCUGAACCUCUUCGGCCCCACCUGCUCCAAGGUCCUCCGGGCCCGUGUUCCCCGCCGUCUACCUCUCCUCAAUAAACCAGUUUAAACCUGAGCGUUGCAUUUGAGUCCGUUCUGUCUGAAAUCAUAUAAGUUACACAGCUACCUGUUGCUAACAGUUAGCUAGCCAGCUCGUUACUGGAUCAAAGUCAGUCUUUUUAAACUUAUCCAAUAAUAAUAUUGUCCAGUGGAGUCGUGUUUUGGGGGCGUGGCUUUGGAAGGAGCCCAGAAGGGAGGGGGUGGGAGUUUCUCUGUUGGAUACUUUCAAAAUCCAGCAGUUUCUUGCUCGUUUACCUGCCUUCUCACCUCGCCUCCGCGGCGUCCCUCCGGCUUCCCUCCACGCUCCUCACCUCCCUCGCCUCGGCCUCCAGCCCCCUCUCGGUCGCCUCGCCCGAGCCUUGCCAGCCCCACCUGCUCCUCGGCCCUCUGUGCCCACGUCUGCCGGCGUCCUGUUCACCUCACCUCAUCUCACCUCCCGACUCCCCUCUUCCCUUUUUUCCCUCAAUAAACCUCUUUUGUAAACUGACAA